UAAUCAAAUCAAAAUAUUUAUAAUUACAUGGAUCUGUAUGUGUCUUAUGUAGUUAUGUUAGAUUUUAUUUCUUAUUUCUUUGUUCUGUUUCCCUGUAGUAGAUUUGUUAUGAUUAACUUAUGGCUAGUGAUCAUGGUGCUAUAUAUAUGCUUUGAGACUUUGUUAAUGUCAUCUUCUGAUCAUUUUAAGCUUAGUGGUUAACAAGUGAUAAGACUACGUGUGAUGACUGUUUAACUUUGAGGAACAAUGAUAUGGUAAACACUAAUCAAAGUGUGACAAUUUGAAGAAUUUUAACACUAUAAAGACCAACAAAACAAAAUUGAAGCAAAGGAUUAAAGCUAAAGAAAAUUGAAUUGGGUGAUUCUUUCAAAGUUGAAUGCUUCAUUGCAUGGUGGAACUGUAAUUUGCAGAACUUGACAACACCCCAUUUUGAUUUUCUACUUUAAUUUGCAGAGCUUGAAACAAAGAGAAUUUUGCUUGACAUUUUUAAGGAAAAGCAGAAGAAAAGUGCUGAAGCUUCUACAAUACCAAGUUUCUACAAGAAGGUAUGUGAAAGCAUUGCUUGUUCACACUCACUUUGGUAUGUUACACCCACUUAUCAAUGGUAGGUUUGAUUUUUAGCUUCUUUUGCUUCUAGGUUUGAUUCCGUUUUCUACUUUUUUUUUUUCUUUUUUCUUUUUUCUCAAUUAUCAAUGGCAUCAUCAUCUAUGUACUGUGUUCUCUGGUAGCAUUUCAUUUCAUGGACAAGUUGAAACGGUUGUUGUUUAAGAAAGAUAGUUAGUUAACUUGCAAUAUUAAUUGAAUUGAAUGAUGUGCUUACCAUUCACUUAUAUACUGUUUCUUAAAGCUUGUUGAAAUGUCUCAAGUUCAUGUGAAACGAAAGAGAGCAGAUUGGAGUGAUAAGAAUCUUGGAAUUUUUUUGAAAGUGUGCGUUGAAGAGGUACGUGCUGGGAAUAGACCUCACACUCACUUUACAAGAACUGGAUGGGCAAAUAUACAAGCCAAGUUCAACAAUGCCACAAAGUUAGCAUAUGAUUAUAAAAAAUUUAAAAAUAAGUGGGAUCAUUUGAAAGUAGAUUGGGCAUUAUGGACAAAGCUUAAUGCAAUAGAAUCAGGUCUUGGUUGGGAUGCAACUAAGAGAACAGUAGCUGCUAGUGAUGAAUGGUGGGAGGCCAAAAUCAAGGAGAGUCCUGAGGUUGGAAAGUUUAGAGAUGAAGGUCUGAAAUUUUUUCCUGAGAAGGAAAUUUUAUUCAAGGGUGUAGUUGCUACUGGUCUUGCAGCAUAUGCUCCAUCUGAAGAUUCAAGAGACUCUCACGGUCAAAGCAUUGGAGUGGAAGAGUCAUUUGAUGCUGAUAUUGAUGAGGCCGAAACAGAAGAGCAUGGGAUUGAGGUAGAAAUGACAGCGCAACCAUCAUCUUCAAGGGGAAAUGGACAAAGGAAGAGAGGUAGAGAGGGUGAAAAGAAAGUUGGGGCUGCGGCUAACCUCUCUAGUCAAUUGGAACGUGUUAUUAAUAGCUUUGAGUCAAGUGAUCCUGGAUCUAAAAAUGAUCCUGCUAACAUCAAUGCAUGUGUAGAGAGGCUAAAGAAUCUACCAGGGCUCACUCGUGGGAGUGAUUUAUUUUACACGGGCAUUAGUCUUAUGGACAAAAGGGAGAAUAGGCUUAUCUUUCUUUCCUUAGAGGAGCCUACACUGCAGCUUGGAUGGAUUAAGUCUAAACACAAAUAGGCUUAUUUGGAUAUGUGAUCUUAUAUGGUCUUGUUUGGAUAUUUUAUGACAUAUGUUAGUGUUAUGACUUUCUGAAUUUUGGAUAUGUGAUC